AAUGAAUCGAUUGUAAGUAGUGGAAACGCGAAAGACUCGCAAGGAAGAAUCAUGUCGAGAAAGUGGUUGUCAAAUUUUACCCUGGCCGGGAUCAUCAGGCUGCUAAUGAUGAAUUCCGAGUACCAGAAAAUCAUCAGCGAUCGCGUCGAGGUGUCGACCGCCUUAAACUCCUGGAAAAGAGUAACCGAAGGAGUGUAUCUGCACAAAUUCGGCAUAGAUCCUUACGAAGGAGAUCUGUUUCACGAGACUCCGAUCGGCUUAUAUGUCUUCAACUUGAUGCAGGAAUAUUUACCUCAGUGGGCAUUAUUUCUGCUAUUUGUUGUCGUUGAUCUAACAACCGCUCUGUGCCUCGCUCUUACUGCAAAACAUUAUGCAAUCGAAUUGGCAACAAAACGAAAAAAGCAAAAGGAGAAGAAUGAGAAACUUAACAAAGACAUUCCAAGCAGUUCUGCUCUAUAUGUUUCUGCAGCAUAUCUGUUCAACCCAUAUAUAAUAUUGAACUGUGUUGGUCUGACGACCACAGUUUUUACCAACCUACUUUGCUCGAUCGCAUUAGUAUCAAUGACAAAACGCUCCGUGCUCUGGAGUUGUAUGCCAAUAGCAUUACUGACGUUGCAAGGACUCUAUCCUGCGUCGCUGAUGGUACCGGCAACGAUUUACGUCGCCAGUACGGCGAAGAGCAGGAAGGUCAGUAUUAUUACAAUGCUAGUCACAUUCACGAGCAUCCUGGCGGCCCUAGUCGCCAUUUCUUACUGUAUCAUGGGAAGUUGGUCAUUCCUGUGGAGUACCAUUGGCUUCAUUCUAAUUGUUCCCGAUUUGCGUCCGAAUAUUGGGCUGUAUUGGUACUUUUUCACGGAGAUGUUCGAACACUUCAGAUGGCUUUUCAUCGCGUCCUUCCAGAUAAACGUCGGUUUACUAUAUAUAGUUCCUCUAGCCUUGAGAUUACGACGCGAUCCAAUGUUACUGGCGUUUUCAUAUCUAGCGAUAGCUGCUAUAUUCAAGUCCUAUCCAUGCAUCGGAGAUGUUGGCUUUUAUAUAUCUUUACUGCCACUGUGGAAGCACUUGUUUCAACAUAUGCAACAGGGAUUCAUUGUAGGUUGUUUUAUACUAUUUUGCACGGUCUUCGCUCCUACUGUGUGGCAUCAAUGGAUCUAUUCUAGAUCAGCGAAUGCCAAUUUCUACUUUGGAGUAACAUUGGCAUUUGCCAUAGCACAAAUCUUUCUCCUCACGGACAUCCUAUUUGCCAGCGUGAAGUACGAAUUUGCAGUUCAGUACGGUAUCAAUAAAAAGGUUAAUGGAAAUGAGGCUAAGCUGCUACUUGAAUGAAAUAGGCUUUCUAUUGAAAUGUAUAAUACUUUAUCAAUGAACGAUGACAAGU